GGGAUCACGAAACGAGCUAAGGCUACUGAAGCAUUCAACCUGGCGGAAUUGUCGAAGAGACGCAAGACGUACCUCGGGGAGCACUGGCUCGCGCUCACGCGAAUAUGAGCAUGACUCUCGUCCGAAAUACGUUCAAAGGUUGCAGCGAGGACGAGGCAGCAGGUGUCGUGAACGCGGAGGUGGGCGGAGGUUGCGCAGCCGGGGCGCCAACCACAGGAAGUAACGGUGGAGGUGGUAGCGGGACAGGUAGCGAGGUUGGUGGUGGCGGAGGAGGCGUUGGUGGUGGUGCAGGAACAGGAACAGGAGGUGGUGGUGGUGGUGGUGGUGGCCGUGGUAGCGGCGGUGAGGGCGGAUCAACGAAGCAGGGUGGCGAGAGGUGUCCCCAUUGUGGUAUCCUCUGUCGGGACGUCCACGUGCUUCAGCUCCAUCUCGAGGACACGCACAAGACCCCGUACGCCAUCGACAAGAACGAUCUCAACGCUCAAUUCCCCCAAGUGUCCUGCAAGGUGUGCAGCAAGACUUUUGCUAACGUCUACCGACUCCAGAGGCACAUGAUCAGCCAUGAUGAAAGUGCCGUGCUUCGUAAGUUUAAGUGUCCCCAUUGCGAGAAAGCCUUCAAGUUUAAGCAUCACCUCAAGGAGCACCUUCGCAUUCACAGCGGUGAAAAGCCAUUCCAAUGCAACAAUUGCGGGAAACGUUUCUCUCAUUCGGGCUCGUAUUCGAGUCACACGACGUCGAAGAAGUGUCUGAUAGUGAACUUAAAGAAAUCAAGGCACACGAACGUGAGCAAUGUAGAUCGUGGCUCGAAAAAAGUGCAACAACCCCUGCCGCCGGGACGUCGCGAGGUCGAUCUGCUCGCGGCGAAUAAUAACACUUUCCUCCCUAUUCUGCCGAAGCUUUCACCCUCGGAUUACCAGGAAAUACAACGAGAAGGAGCGGGUAUUUACGAUAUGCCGACCCUCUUGCCUCAAAUGAUGGGUUUCGGUAGUUACUUCCUACGGAUGUCCUUGGGCAAGAUCUUAACUCAGCUACAUUCCAAGAGAUUGGACGAGGUAGCCGAGCAAUUCGAGUCUCAUCGAGAGCUUAUGAGUCCAUCCACCGCGGAUUCGGAGGGCACCGAGGGCACCGAGGGCAAAGAAUCACCGGCGCCCGCAGAUCCUCAGGGUCUCGACGCUGUUCGAAGAAUUUUGGAAACCGUCAACACCUCUGUCACGAAACAAUUACUGGAAGCGAACGUACGAAAGUUGUCUACCUCACCAGCGACGAUGAAACGGGAGUUCGAGGAGGAUUAUCAAGAUCAAGAUAGCGAAAUGUCGAGCGAGAUGGCACACUAUCCGGACUGGUCAACGACGGAUCAAUAUGAUUCGCAGAGCGAGGGUUUAGCGGCGAAGCUCGAGGACGUAAAUCAACCGAGCGCGAAAUCAGGCUACAAAAGAAAAGCGGAGGACAGCUCGGAAGCUGACUCGGACGACGAUGAAGAUGGAACCCAAACGCACAACGAUAAUGGAAGGAGAGUUAGAGCAAGGUCGUUGAUAGACGACGAGCAAUUGGCUGUUCUCAAAGGUUACUAUGCCAUUAAUCCUCGGCCCAAAAAGGAAGAAAUCAUCAUGAUAGCGAAUUAUAUCAAUUUCCCCACCCGUGUCGUACAGGUUUGGUUCCAAAAUUCCCGAGCGAGAGAUCGACGAGAAUCGAAGAUACCACCUCUUGUGCCACUUGCUAAUUCGAUCAGUCAGACUACCAUCGAACAACCCCUCGAUCUGUCGAAGAAAGAAGGACUCACGCAGUCAACGUGUAAAGAGAACGAUGUUGUCUCGGUCAAACAAGCGCCCUCGCCUCCUGUCGAACUGAAGAAUGAUCAUCCACCGACGCAUAACCCAGACACGGAUGAUUUGGAGGAUUCACCGCUCGUUAUAGACGAAGAGACUACCGAUUCCGUGGAAACGAAACGUUUAGUCCCUACCACAGGGGGAGAAAUUGGUCCAAAGAGUCAACCUCAAACGAAUACGAAGAGUGAAAGUGAAAACGUUAGUAAACCAGAGGCCCCGCCAGCGGCGGAAAUCGAGCAGGGCGUUUACUUCUGUGAUCGGUGUGACAAAACAUUCUCCAAGCACAGUUCCCUAGCAAGACACAAAUAUGAACAUUCCGGGCAAAGGCCGUACAAAUGCAUGGAGUGCACAAGGGCGUUCAAGCACAAGCACCAUCUGACCGAACACAAGCGGCUGCACAGCGGGGAAAAGCCCUUCCAAUGCUCCAAGUGCCUGAAGCGUUUCUCUCACUCGGGCUCGUACAGCCAGCACAUGAAUCAUCGUUACUCUUACUGCAAGCCGUACAGAGAAUAGGUAGUAUUCUGCUAGUUCAAACCGAAAUCUUCUUCGCCGGCUUAGUUAAGUACGUACGGUCCUUUCUUCCUUCCACACGGGACUCGGCAUUUAAAAAAAGCUCGAGAAAAAAAGCAAAUACGAUAAUUUAUACCUCGCGUUGACGCGCGAGAACACGCUAGAGGGACGAGACGAAGAGCUAACGACCAAUCUUGCGCGACUAAAGAACACCUUGCGGAAUCUGUUACGACAACGCUGCGUGAAACGUAAGCGAACGAUUAGAGUCUAAAUGAAAGAAACGCGCAUUGCGGUUUCCAGAAAGCAAAAAUAAUAAUGGAGAAGAUUGAACAGCAUCGUCCAAGUAUCUCGAGCGUGUAUCUUCUUGGAAGAUAAAAAAGGAACAAAAGAAUGAUAAAUUUGCGUCGAUUUUGAAAUCGACGGAGUUGUGAAUAAAAAAGAAAAAAGAAAGAAAUGAAAAAAAAAUAUAGAAACCAAACAAUACGCAACGGUACCAAAAAUGCAUAAUGCAAUAAUCUAUUAUAUAUUAUAUAUAAUAUACAUAAUAUUUUAGUAUUUUUAUUAACAAGAUUAUUAUAUAUACCAUGACAAUAAUAAGGAAACUAAUUAACGUACAAAUUUGUUAGCCACGUUUGCACGGGGCACGCGAUGGAUUCAGUCGCGGGACAAAAGGGCGAAGGGAUGCAAUGCGAAUAUUUAAAAGUUCCAUCGAACUGAACAAGUUGCGCGUGCAAUUCUGAUGCAAUUUCUCGAAGAAGAAAACUCGAUGUAUAUUCUAUACACGAUAAAAGAAUCGUGUGCCAAAAGAGCAAGAGUAAUUUUCUGUAUAUUUUCGAUCGAAUUUGCCCUCAACAAUAGUCCCAGUUUAUCGAAAAGAAGAAGAAGAAUAUGGAAACGAUCGGGAAUGAAUUAUUCUUUCCUUCCUGAAGAAUUAAUUGGAGAAAAUUCUCGGCUAGUUGUACGUUAAGUGUCUGAAUUUGAUUUGUUGGGAAUCUCUGGUACUCCAGACCUCCUCUGAUGAUUGAGUAAUUUUGUAAACUCGAGACGAGGUGUUUCUGGACCUUAUUUGACGGUGAUCGAUGCCAUAACGACUAUCUUUCGAUCGUUUUGUACUUACUUUCAAUUUCCAGUCAUCGUAUCGUCGGCAUCCGCACAGGAAAGCAUACAUUCAUCAAGAGAUCCCAUAAAUAUGAACUGAAGUUCCAUCGUAUAAUUUGUGAUUAAUCGUAUGACCCCAUGACGUCAUCUACAAAGACAAUAAUGAUACAAAAUACAAGAGAGAAACAUAGAGGGAAAAAAGGUAUGCCUUAGACAUUCCGUUAGAAUCAGCGCCCUUUUUAUUUCUUCAUACAAAUCAUUCAUCAUGGUGAAGCAUCAACCAUGGCCUCUCGUACUUUUUGUCGAGCUCGUUGACAUUCGUCUGAUUCAUAAACAUUGACGAAGAUCAUCGAAGUUCAUUGAUUUUCCGAUGCACGAAAGAAACGAGAAAAAAAAAAAAAAAGAAAAGAAAAAUGGCAUCGAGAACCUCGCAUUAAGAAGAAGAAAGAAAUCCCUUCACCAAGAAAUGCGGGCCCCGAUCGUAAACUCAUAAGUAUAUUAAAUGCUUCCAAUACUGUACUAUUAAAGGAGAAAAAAAAAUAUUAUUAUUACAACAUUUUUAUGAUUUUAUUCAUUCGGACGCGUAGGUAAGCGGUAUAUAUAUAUUAUAUAAAUAUAUAUAUAAUCUACAGAUCGAUAAUACUCGAGAAUGUAUUUUAUAACGAUUUAUGCCUCUUUUUAUUUACACGUACCACGAGUGACAAGUGAUAUAUAUUAUUAUUAUAAAUAUAUAUAUUGUUAUUGAUAAAAAAGUGAAAAAAAAAAACACGAAGAAAACAAUUGAUGAAAGGAAACGACGACUUAAUUACGGGGAUACACUGGAAGGAGUGUAUAUUUAAAAUAAAAGGAAGUCGUGUCAAAAUAGUAGCAUCGUGUUCGGCCAAGAAAGAAAACGGUACACGCCACCGUGUUGCAUUUCCUCCGCGUCUAGAAGCUCCGGUUAUCCGCGACAGGCAUCGUGUCCGUACUACGAAAAAAGAAAAAUAAGAAAAAUGAAAUAAAAAUGAAUCCGAGAUAUGAUGAUGAUGCUUAAUAAUACUCAUUUAUUAUAUAGUGUUAAUAGUUAAGAAAUAUAUUUUUAUAUUAUUAUAAUAUUACGACACGAUAUAUUAUAUAUACACGAUGAUAUAUAUUAAACUAAUUCGAAUCCGCCGCGGUUUAACGUGAAUAACACCGCGGCGUGUCUGUUCCUCGGCUGGUACAGAUAACGCGAGAAUCUUCUAUUUUUAUUUUCUAGUUUCGAAACUCGAUCGUAAACGAUUCAAACGUUCCUGUGCAAUCGCUUUGUUAUAUCGUCUACGUUAUUUGUCUUUGUCGUUGCGCGUUUUUUUUUUUUUUUUUUUUUUUUUUUACGUUCUAUUCUUUCUUUAACUUGUUCUUGUUUGUAUACGAUUUAUUUUCUUUCUAUUUUACCAUUAGUUAACCCGGCAUUCCUUAAGUAUUUCUAUCAUUUUCUUUUUAUGGUUUUGCGAGAGUUUAAUUCAGUUCUUUUUCUUACAAUUUUUUGAUUACGUUGAUAGCCCCUCGAUUCUGUACUUUCGAAUACUUUCACGACCAACGGGUUUAAUGACAUCAGGAAGGAAAAGCAGGAAACUUACGAAGACAAUAUUACAAUACGUAUAAGUGACUAAAUGAAGAAUAACAAAAAAAAUUAUAUAUAUAUAUAUAAAUGAAUAUAAAUAUAUAUAUAUAAAUAUAAAUAUAUGAAUAUAAAUAUAGAUAAAUAUAGAGAUAUUUGCUCUGAUUCGAGAGUAUUUGCAACCUGCUCGCCUCGAUGUAACUGUAUAUACGUAUUAUUAAAAAUAACACACGGCAUACAAGUGUCAUUUUUGCCAGCUUUCGCGCAUCGGCAUCGGUUAUGUCUCCGUUACUUCCUAAAACUAUUAUAAACUAACGAAAGAAAAUAAAAUGAUAAGCGAAUGGGUACUCGUUGAAGCACGAAGCAAACGGAAUACGAGAUAGUGAGGAGAGAAAUACGAGGGAAAAAGUUGUUAAUAAUUGUUAAUGCAACGAUUUAAUGAUGAGCACCGUACGAUGCCUUCCGUGAACGACCGAGCUUGCCUAGUUUACCGAGAUUAACAUAGAAAUUCAAUGAUUCGAUCUCGAAUUGAAUUCUCUCGUCGAAAGUACCAUUACUCCCGUGAUGUUUCUCUUUGCACACCAAAAAAUAUCUAUUUCUUAUCUUCCGAUAAAAAAAUAAAAUUCAAUAUCGAUGUUGAAUCCAGAUUUAUAAAAAUGUAUAAAUUAUUAAGUUAUUUCGCGAUUUUAUUCGAGGCGAGAAGCACACGAGAGUAACAAAAAAAAAAAAUCUAUUUCGCUUCAAAAGCAGUACUCGACGAACACUGGUGUGGUUAUGCUAUUGAGCUUUCCAUGACUACCGUUUUACGUAAAAAAGAAACACCAGAAACCGUGGUUGUGUGCGUGUCAAAGCGUAUGCGUGUAUGUGUGCACAGAGAAAAUACUCGGAAAUGGAGAAAAAAAAAAGAAAGAAUUACGGCAGGACAAUAAAAUAAAUACCGUUUCGUUUAGAGAUUUUUAGAAGAGCGUAAGCAUUACACAAUAGUAUAUAUAAUAAUUCUAUAUAUACAUUGUAAGUGUGAAAAUAAAAAAAAAAGAAUAAAUUUGCUAAAUUCAUAAAUCUGCAUGUGAGCACACAUGCACGUCCCUGGCGUGGGUGUACAUGUGUGUACACGGCGGACAGCAUAUGUAUAUGUACAUAGGUAAUACAUUCGUAAGGUUACAUUUUAGUCGCCAGGAAUAGCGAUGCGGAUGUUAUUAUAACAGCGAUGCGUAAUGUACGGUAGAUGAGAGAA